GGCUUUAGGACCUCGGUUUGCCUGGGCGGUGUGCACGUGCAGCUCCUCGAUGGGUGGCGCGCACGUCACGACACUCAAUCUCAGUCAGAUGUAGGGGAGCAGGGCAGACCACGCAAUAUAGACUAUUAGGAACAGGGUUAAAUUGACCCUGGUCUGCCACCUGGUGUGGAGGCCCGUAACCCAGUGAGGAGGCCUUGCUCGGUGGGAGGAAACAUGAUGAGCGGAAAGAGCCUGCUGCUGAAGGUGAUCCUGCUCGGGGACGGUGGAGUGGGCAAGUCCUCCCUAAUGAACCGCUAUGUCACAGACCGCUUCGACUCCCAGUCCUUUCACACUAUCGGCGUGGAGUUCCUCAACCGGGACCUGGAGGUGGACGGGCGCCUUGUCACUCUUCAGAUCUGGGACACAGCAGGCCAGGAACGCUUUAAGUCCCUGCGCACACCCUUCUACCGAGGCGCCGACUGCUGCCUUCUGGCAUUCGCUGUUAACGACCUGCAGAGCUUCCAGAACCUCGGCUGCUGGAAGAAGGAGUUCAUGUUUUAUUCGGACGUUAAAGACCCCGAGCGGUUCCCUUUUGUGGUGCUAGGCAAUAAGGUAGACAUGGAGCAGAGGGAGGUGGGGGAGGACGAAGCACGGGCCUGGUGUGAAGAGAACGGCUGCUGCCCUUACUUUGAGACCAGUGCUAAGGAUGACACUAAUGUCACCGCUGCAUUCGAGGCAGCUGUCAGGGAGGUUCUGGCUGCUGAGGACCAGACUGACCAUGCACUACUGGGUAGUACUAUCGAUCUCCAUGGCAACCGCAAAACCUCUCGUGCGUCUUGCUGCUGAUUGGUCAGGUGUGAAUCCACCUUGUCUCUGGCUCAAACAUGCCGAGGAAGUUUUGAGAGCCAGUUAGAUAUUGUUUAUGGUACACAUACUGUAGGUACAAGGUACUGAGUACAGUAUCCCCAAAAGAUAAUGCUCUGAGGAGGGCCAUGUCAAGGAUUCAGCUGGUAUCUAGAUUGUUGAAUUAUUGCUCUAACUGAGGUACAGGCACACUGUAACAGGGACACACAUCCUUUGUACUCUGUCUGCUUUCAGUAGUGUUGCACAAAACAUUCUUACCCAGCUUCAGCUUUGUCUGCCUAUACAGGACGUGUAUCAAAUAGAGUGCUUUCAGAGCAUUUAUUUUAAUUGAAAUAAUUAAAGUUUUUGUUAAUACUGUGGACGAGAGAAUAUACCAAUCCUCUCUUGAAAAGCACAUUCUACCAUUGGCACAGAAACACAGUUGGUUUUGUAACUGGUCAACUGUUAUGUCCAUGAGCUGAUUUUCCCCGGUUUUAGAGGGACUUUUUUCAACAUCACAUUUUCUUGUUAUUAGAUCUUUCAGCAGAAAUGGAGAGCUAAUGUAUGUUCUGGACACAGACAAUGUCUGUGAGUUACAGUGUUCCCAAUCCAGGCAGAUUAUUGUGCUUGGGAACAUCCAACAUCAACAUGAGGAAUAUAAUUUGAGGUACGAGGAGGAAGAUACAAUGUUUUCUGCAUGCAGAAGGAAGAUGACCUUGUUUGUCUUCAAUGGGAAGGGAAUUGUGAGCUUUAAUUUUGCAGGUCUGACUGUAAGCAUUGGGUACGAGCUAUUGUGGUGCUCUUAUUCAUUUGACUGUUAUAUCUAUUACCACUGCACUACUGUGUAGCUGGAGGUGUCAGUUGUAUGAGUUAGGCAUUAUCAGAUCGCAUUUUUAUUUCCCGUGAUAUACAGUGGUGUGAAAAGGUGUUUGCCCCCUUCCUGGUUUCUUAUUUUUUUGCAUGUUUGUCACACUUGAAUGUUUCAGAUCAUCAAACUAAUUUAAAUAUUAAUAUAACACAAAAUGCAGUUUUUAAAUGAAGGUUAUUAUUAAGGGAAAACAAAAUCCAAACCUACAUGGCCCUGUGUGAAAAAGUGAUUGCCCCCUAAACCUAAUAACUGGUUGGGCCACCCUUAGCAGCAACAACUGCAAUCAAGCGUUUGCGAUAACUCGCAAUGAGUCUUUUACAGCGCUUAAGGUCAUGCCACAGCAUCUCAAUAGGAUUCAGGUCAGGACUUUGACUAGGCCACUCCAAAGUCUUCCUUUUGUUGUUCUUCAGCCAUUCAGAGGUGGACUUGCUGGUGUGUUUUGGAUCAUUGUCCUGCUGCAGAAUCCAAGUUCGCUUCAGCUUGAGGUCACAAACAGAUGGCCGGACCUUCUCCUUCAGGAGUUUUUGGUCGACAGCAAAAUUCAUGGUUCCAUUUAUCACAGCAAGUUUCCAGGUCCUGAAGCAGCAAAACAGCCCCAGACCAUCACACCACCACCACCACAUUUUACUGUUGGUAUGAUGUUCUUUUUCUGAAAUGUGGUGUUACUUUUACGCCAGAUGUAAUGGGACACACACCUUCCAAAAAGUUCAACUUUUGUCUCGUCAGUCCACACAGUAUUUUCCCAAAAGUCUUGGGGAUCAUCAAGAUGUUAACACUGACCUUAACUGAAGCAAGUGAGGCCUGCAGUUAUUUGGAUGUUGUUGUGGGGUCUUUUGUGACCUCUUGGAUGAGUUGUCGUUGCGCUCUUGGGUUAAUUUUGGUCGGCCGGCCACUCCUGUACCAUGUUUUCGCCAUUUGUGGAUAAUGGCUCUCACUGUGGUUCGCUGGAGUCCCAAAGCUUUAGAAUUGGCUUUAUAACCUUUUCCAGACUGACAGAUCUCAGUUACCUUCUUUCUCAUUUGUUCCUGAAUUUCUUUGGAUCUCAGCAUGAUGUCUAGCUUUUGAAGAUCUUUUGGUCUACUUCACUUUGUCAGGCAGGUCAUAUUUAAGUGAUUUCUUGAUUGAGAACAGGUGUGGCAGUAAUCAGGCCUGGGUGUGGCUAGAGAAAUUGAACUCAGGUGUGAUAAACCACAGUUAAGUGUUUUAACAGGUGGGGCAAUCACUAUUUCACACAGGGCAAUGUAGGUUUGGAUUUUGUUUUCCCUUAAUAAUAACAACCUUCAUUUAAAAACUGCAUUUUGUGUUUACUUGCUUACUGUGUUAUCUUUGACUAAUAUUUAAAUUAGUUUGAUGAUCUGAAACAUUUAAAUGUGACAAACAUGCAAAAAAAUAAGAAAUCAGGAAGUGGGCAAACACUUUUUCACACCACUGUAUAUACAUGGGUUUGUUUACUAACUUAAAAAUAAUACUGCUUUUGUUGCUGUUGUUGAUAAACUGCUGUUUAUUUUUCUGUGAAGCACAUUUCCUUCUGUGUUUUUUUUUUUUUUACAGACAUUGUGUGAUAUUUAAAUUAGUCUUCAUUUUAGGCUUCAGUGUUUGAUCAAGGGCUGAUUAAAGUCAUUUUUCCUGAUGAGUAGAGGAGGUUUUAAUUAGAAUUAACAUUUUUUACAAUUAUGGCAUGUUUGUAAUCCUGUGUCUGCCUUGUUGAUUGCGUGGCAGGCCUAAACAUUCCAGUCAUUUAGCUUUGCCUAUUCUGAAGGUCUCCUGUGCUUUAUCAAUAUAUUACAUACACCUUGUGCUGUCAUGUCAGUCUGGUAGGUCUCAGCUCAGUGUGAAAUAGCCUGAGUGCAAGAAUAGGCCGUUAGCACUAAUGUUUUCAUUGUGCAUCACCUCUCCUGUCCAUUCAUACAGUAUUGAGUGAAACACACCACUGAAUAUUCUGACAACUUAAUGUUUACUUUAUUUUCAGUUGGACGGUAUUUUACUUUUAUUUCAAUGUUUUUACAAUUUUACUUACAUAUGGUUUUGUCCCUUUGGUUUUGCUGCGAUUGGCCAGAGGGCAUUGUUGUUUGCCUGAAUGGUUCGAGAAAAUAAUAUGCCUGAUAUUCAAUGCUUCAAACUGAGUUUAAUAUCAGUAUUUUAAUUGCUGCUGGAAUAGUAUUUUAUAUUUAGGCUACUCAAACAACCAUACCUGUUGCAUAAACAAGACAAAAUGUUUUCAUCUUCUGAUUGCACAAAGUCGCUAUAAUUCUCAUUAUCUGUCUGUUCUCAUACCCUUUUCCUGUUAUGUUGGAGGUCUUGUGUAUUCUUUUAGCCCGAGAUCACAUUAUUUGCCUUUCAAGUCAAAAAUUGCAUCAUAUUUCAGUGGGCGUGCAGACUAAUGGUGAACAUUACUUAGAGCUUCACUGUGAAGGUGAACCGAAUCCAUUCAGGUACAGUCAUAUUUACUUAUUACAUGGUUCUUUGGUUUAAUGUAGUCUUAUGAUAAAUAGUUUGUUCAUAUGAUUACUGUUAAAGUUUUAAUAUGGUGUGUUAAAUACUGGUACUCAUAGUGUAUGAGAGAAACUUUAUUAACUGUGAACUGAGAAGGGCAUUUUAACAAAAUCAAGGUGGUAGCCUACAUUAAUUCAAAGCAAAAGUGAGGGCUGUUAGCUUAUUAUAUUUUUCUUUACUGUAACAUUCAGUUUUUGUCCUGUUCAGAUAAUGUAGCCUACCACAGUGUUUACCUGAAAUCUAACUUACCUGAGAAUCAGUAGGUACAUAUAAGCUGGUUGCAUAACCCUACAGUAUGUUGCUGUCUUAUAUCACUGCAACCCAGUCUAAUGUCAGUAUUUUUUUUAAUGUUGCUGUAAUAUUUAUGAAUGUAAAAACUAAUUUCUUUGGGCCGUCCAUAUUAAUGGCUUAUGUAAAUUGCAAAGGGCAUUCAUUUUAUAAUAAUGUACAAAAUUACACUGAACGUCUGUUUCAGCCUCAGCACAUGUGAUUUAAGCUGCGUGAAAAAUAGACUGUUCAUCUUGAUUAUGUGUUGAUCUAAUGGACAAUUCCCCUUACUCCUCUCUUUGCACUACGGAGGAUAAGACUGGGUGUGCCAACAAGCUGGCAAAGUUGUGCAUACUCUCCAGUGCUUGGCUUCAAAUAAAACAUGCAACAUACCAAAUGGA